AUGAAGUUUCGCUAGGCAGAAAUGAACGUUAGCCAAAGUUCGCUAUGAAAUGCUUGCGCUGACGAAUUUAAGCUAGAGAAACUUCUUCAGCAUUCGGCUGCCCAUACACAACUUCAUUUUAGUGAAUUAGCAUAGUGGUAGCAAAUUUGCUCCUGAAUUUGCCCCAAUGGCUUCUCGAGUGUACUACAAGUGAUUGAAGCAGCUUACUUGGAGAAAUGCUCACAUCCCCAUUUAAUACAAAUGGAAUAGUGGCCCGAGCCGGUGCAUUUUUCAGCAAAGAGGAACUGCAGCUCAAGAUCUAAAGUUAACAAUUUUAUUUCCUGGGGAUGAAUAACACCUUACUUGUCCUUUAAUCAAGUAAAUUCUCAAAAAAAGUUAAAUUAAUUGCUUAAAAAAACAACAACAUAUACAUUAUAAAGUUGGUGACGGUCUUGAAAUCUGUAUCUGGUCAUCAGCUAACCUUUUUAGUAAAAAAGUAGCUGGACAGACUGUAUAUUUAUAAAAUGAUCAUGUGGAUAUAAUCUAAUCAACAAAAUAUGUCUGAUCACUUGCUUUUAUUUUAUUGCUUACAGAAUACGAUAUGAAUAUAUAUUAAUGUAAGUGUGCAUAAUGCUUGUGUUUCAAACGAUAAGUUCCUGGAUUGCAAUUAAUUGCCUUUAUUGUGAGACUGGGGGUCUGUAUAUUCUGCCAGCUGGAUGCAUUGUCUAUGCGACAGCCAAUCACUGGCUCUGAUGACACAAGAGAAACUCAAGUUGGGCUAUAAAAGUUCACUUGGAAAAAGCAUGAUUUAUCGUGGAACAGUCUUUUCUUCUUGACUUUUUAUUUCUAUAGCAUAACUGUUGGUUUUACCAGCUGAAAGUGAAUUAGAGGGACUAUAUGAGAACAUGAAUCGGUUACGUGCAUGGGGUUGCAUUUAUCUGUGUUUGCUGGUAGCAUUCAGUCCAGUGGAUCUGACCAACAGCAAUAAAGCAACAGACAAAGAUACAUUGUGCAGUGCCUGUACCUGGAGACAGAACAGCAAAUCUUCGAGGCUGGAAGCUAUCAAACUUCAGAUCCUUAGCAAACUUCGGCUGGAGCAGGCACCUAAUAUUAGUAAGGAUGCUAUAAAAUAUCUUUUACCCAAAGCACCACCGUUAGAAGAAUUAAUCGACCGCUACGACCUCCAAAGCGAUGACAGCAGUGAGGGAUCUUUGGAAGAAGAUGAUUACCACGCCACCACUGAAACAAUCAUUACAAUGCCUACAGAAUCUGAUUAUGCAACAGGAGACAAGCCGAAAUGUUGUUACUUUAAGUUCAGUUCUGUAGUGCAAUAUAAUAAAAUAGCAAAAGCUCAGCUUUGGAUAUACUUGAAGCCUGUCCAAAAACGUACUACAGCAUUCGUACAGACCUUCAGACUACCAAAGUCUUUGAAUGACGGAGCACGGUCCACUGGAAUCAGGACUCUUAAACUUGAGAUGAACCCAGGCUCUGGAACUUGGAAAAGCCUUGAUGUGAAAACAGCACUACAAAACUGGCUAAAGCAACCUGCAUCUACUCUAGGAAUUGAAAUUAAAGCUUGUGAUGAAAAUGGACGCGAUCUACCAAUUGCAUUUCGUGGUUCAAAUGAAGAUGGACUGAACCCAUUUAUUGAGGUUAAAGUUAUGGAUACACCAAAGAGAACUAGAAGAGAUUUUGGACUUGACUGUGAUGAGCAUUCGACAGAAUCGAGGUGUUGCCGUUAUCCAUUGACAGUGGAUUUUGAAGCUUUUGGAUGGGAUUGGAUCAUUGCUCCAAAACGAUAUAAAGCCAACUAUUGCUCUGGAGAGUGCGGCAUUGUCUUUUUGCAAAAGUACCCGCACACACAUCUUGUUCAACAAGCAAACCCCAGAGGUUCUGCUGGCCCUUGCUGUACCCCAACCAAAAUGUCCCCAAUUAAUAUGUUGUAUUUCAAUGAAAAUGAACAAAUCAUAUAUGGAAAAAUUCCAGCUAUGGUGGUAGAUCGCUGCGGAUGUUCGUGAGUUUUCUUUCUUAGACCAUAUUAUAAAAAGAAGCCAUUGGUUACUUCCAUAUAUUCAUGAACCAUGGCACAUUCAGUUCAUUAAGCUAAGCACUGGCUCACAAUGCAGGGUUAACAGUUACACCAAGAAUCUCUGCUCAUGCGCUUCAGGAAGAAGGCAUUUUAUGCUGUGAUGCCACUAAAAACCUAAAGCUCAGUCCAAUCAAUAUAGUUUAAUAUUAUAAAAAAAGUUAAAUAUUGUUUGAAUUUAAUAUUUUCAUAAAAAUAAACAUUUACAGAUCUUCUCUUGAUUUUUAUAGGCAACUUACAUUUAUGCUAUUUUAUUAUAAUAAAACAGUAAGUUAAUAGAUUCAACCGGGCACAUUUCUUAAGGAAUUUUCUUCUUAUCUAGCAAGCCACCUCUUUAAUGGACCUAACAAAGCAUGUAUGGUUCAAUAAUUCAUCAUCUAUAGUACACGGUUUUACACUGAUUAGUGCUUACGCCUUCCUUCCCGUGGUGGUUCCCCGGAUGCUCCGUCUCUGGCACCCUGUAAGUAUCCAAUGUUUCAUGUAGUAUGGGAAUCACUCACGACAGCAGAAUAACUGCAAAUAUGCUAUUUAUUAUGUCACCACACGACAUGUUUCGGGCCUAUUGGCCCUUUUUCAAGUGUGUACAAACUGAUUUGAAAUGAACAUACUUAUACACCAUAUGUGAUGUUGUCCCGCCCACCAAUUAGCAAACCCCCAGGUACUUAACCCAUAGGUGCUUUAUCAAGACAUUCUUUAGAAAAAGUUUUUAUCUAGUACAUCCAUGUGUCGCGAUUCAGUGUCCAUGUGUGAAACUUGUCCAUCUCCAUACAUAAGACAUCGUGUCUAAACACCAUAAAAAAAUAGUAUCAAAAAUAGAUUUCUUACAAUAAAAUGUUAAAACAACAGUUAUAUACAUAAGUUUUCUCAGUAUAAACUAGGAACUGCUCUUUUAUGAGCCUACCUAUGAAACUUGAAAAAGCGUAGUCCGCCCACAUAUUAUGUUUCGCAUUUAAUUCAUUUUUUGGUUAGACUUUUUUUAUCUUACCCUUAGU